UUAUUGGUUCUCUCCAUUACUGACACACAUAUGCCUUAAGGUAAGACUAAACAUACAAUACAUCUUUUUGAGUUUGAGCUAAUAGUAACACGUUUUAUUAUUUCAUAACUUGAUAUUUUACCCCUGAUAUCUAUUAAGCUGUUGGUGCUAGUCUAAUACUACGGUUCACUGUUUUUAACGAUAAUAAGCUUUCUUUGGAAAGUGUGAACCUAUUUGUAUUUUUAAACAAUUAUAAAUAAAAUUAGGAUUAGAAUGAAACAUUGACUUCAGAUAUUUCUUCAGACGAAAGCACGAAACACACGCCCAGUGACCUACCUGUUUUGCUUCUACGGAAUCGAAAACGAAAGUGACAACAGACAGAAAACAAUAAACCUACUUUAUAAAGUAGCAUAAACAAGUGAGAAUCGCAGGGAAAGGACACCAGACUCAAGGCAAAGAAUAAGAAGGGAUAAUGGACGAGACGAUAACGUUCUCGGGUUGGGAGGCUAUUGAGGAUAAUACUCUAUCAACCAACGAGGAGCUAAAAUCGGGACAUACCUACACGAUGUACCAUGGUACAUAUCUGAAAUUGGCAAACACGAUAAUCAGUAAGGGUUUCCAACCAUCUAAAGACGGAUUAUUAGGUGCUGGCGUGUAUGUCAGCCGGAACAUUGACAAAGCUAAAUGUUACCCACUCAAAAUCGACGUAAAGGACAAAGUUGUAUUUAAGCUGAAGGUACGUGCUGGCAAGGUAAAAAAGAUUGACUCUGACAACCAUCCGAUGCAGAAAACCUGGCACCAGAAUGGAUAUGAUUGCGCUUGGGUGCCCCCCAGAUCCAAUUUAACUGCCAUCAAGUCUGGACGAGAAGAGGACUGUGUUUGGGAUCCCAAAAGAAUAACGGUGGUUGGUGUGGCUUGCUGCGUUGAUGAUGGCAAACGCAAAGAGCUCCGUAAACUGAUCCAUCGCAUGAAUGGCACGGAUGAUGUCUGCAGUCGUUGUAAUCAAAGCAAACGUGGUGGACGACGGCACGACACCCAGCUCUGUUGGAACUGCCCGGAGAUGAUCUGCCCCUUCCAAAGCAAACAUGAAUGCAAACCAUAGUGCAUCUGUAGCAGGCCUACCUAUUACGUUUAAGCCAUCCCGUUUUUAAAUUUAGUUUAUUUAUAUCAAAUCUAAACUACUUUAACUAUCCUCCUGAACGACAUGAGGCCCUCGCCUAUUAGAAAUGUGGUUGUUUAGUGUAAUUGUGUAAUUGUAAUAUGAUUGUAUCAUGACACUGAAAUGUGCGAAAUAAAAUAACUGUUGGCUA